AUCAGGAACUGGAAGGAAUAUUCUAAUACUCCACAGAGAGGCUUGCCGUCGUCGGGGGUGACCAGAAAAUGAUACACAUUCAAGCACAGGCUCUCAGUAAUAUUGGUCCUUCUCGUAAUCAUCGCCAUGGGUGUGGUACUAUGUGCAUCUUCACCAGCACACCACCCAAGAAAUCCAUAUUGUUUUUGUUCCCAAAUUAUGACAAGUUUUCAUCGAACAUGACCUUCCUAUCCACCGGCAAUCCUCCAAGGACGAGGAAGAGGACUCGGAGUCGGAGUCGGAGUAGUAGUGGGAGAGACAAAUCCACAUUUUCUGCAUCUGCUGCCACUGGGUCCCCUUCUCAACAACCAGACGAGGAUGCCCAAAGAAAGGGCCCCGAUCUUCCAACGCUUGCGAGGAGGUUCUGGAAAGUUGCUGCUCCGUAUUGGUCGUCAGAUGAUAAAGUUCAAGCCAGGUUGCAAUUGGCUGCUGUUUUUGCCCUCACUUUAGGAACUACAGGAAUCAGUGUUGGUUUUAGUUUCCUCGGCCGUGACUUCUACAACGCCCUUGCUAACAAGGACCAAGAACAGUUCACCAAGCAACUGUUGUACUACCUGGCUAGUUUUGCUGGUGGAAUUCCGUUUUUUGUGUUGAGAGACUAUGCAAGAGAAACUCUUUCUUUGAGGUGGAGGUCUUGGAUGACAAGCUAUUACCUAGAUCGCUAUCUAAAGAAUCAAACAUUCUACAAAAUUCAGUCCCAAUCAAUGAUUGACAAUCCUGAUCAGCGGAUUGUGGAUGAUCUGAGUUCCUUCACUGAGACAGCGCUUUCAUUCUCUUUGACACUUUUCAAUGCAGUGGUAGACUUGGUGUCAUUUAGCAACAUCCUUUAUGGUAUAUAUCCACCAUUGUUCGUUGUACUUCUUGUUUAUUCACUUGGAGGAACAGCAGUUAGUGUUUUCCUGGGAAGGGGACUAGUAACACUAAAUUUUUUGCAAGAGAAAAAAGAAGCAGAUUUUCGUUUUGGACUUGUACGUGUUCGAGAAAAUGCUGAAUCAAUUGCAUUCUAUGGCGGCGAGGAAAAUGAAAUGCAACUACUCCUGCUGCGCUUCAGAAGUGCUUUCGAAAAUUUAACUCAAUUGUUGAUAUCUUCUAGAAAUCUGGAGUUCUUCACCAAUGGCUAUCGAUACCUGAUUCAGGUUCUUCCUGCUGCAGUAGUUGCACCCAUGUACUUCUCAGGAAAAAUUGAGUUUGGUGUGAUAAAUCAGUCUGUCUCUGCUUUUAACCAUAUUCUUGGAGAUUUCUCUCUCAUUGUGUACCAAUUUCAGGCAAUCAGUGCCUUUUCAGCUGUUAUCGACAGACUAGGUGAAUUUGAUGAUGUUUUGGAUAGCAGCAGUUCCAAACAUCUCUCUGAUCCUUUAGCAGAGAUUCAUCUUAUGUACUGCAACGUUAAAAGUUUAACCUCCUCCGUGCAGUCUAAUGGGUCCAUGCUCCUAGAAAACCGUCAAGAGUUGCUUGAUAUUGAGAACUUAACUCUACAAACGCCAUCAAGUAAUGCUACACUCAUUAGGGACUUGUCAUUGAAGAUAUAUGAGAAGGACCAUCUGCUGGUAACGGGACCAAGUGGGAGUGGUAAAACUUCGUUGCUGAGGGCCAUUGCUGGUCUUUGGAACACUGGAAGGGGGGAAAUCAGGUUUUACGUGAAGGAUACCAGAGAUCCUCAGCCACCCCUUUCUCCAGAUGUGGCCCCUCUUGAUGGCAGUAGUUCACAUGAUAUACAUGGGAAUCUUGGGAGAUUUGGUUGUAGAAAUUCAAGAGGUGUAUUUUUCCUUCCUCAAAGACCAUACAUGGUUUUGGGAACUCUUCGUCAACAACUGCUUUAUCCUACGUGGACUGAAGAUUUAGUCUCUAUCUCCGACAACAAUAAACCAGCUGGUGUGCUGCCUUUCUUGAUGCCUGGAUUGAACUCAAAAGAUGUUUGUCUGAAGUCUCAAAAGCCUACAACUGAUGAUCUACUCCAAGUUUUGGAAGAUGUUCGCCUUGGCUAUGUUCUAUCUCGUUUUAAUGGUCUGGAUUCGACAUGCGAGUGGUCUUGUGUUCUUUCCCUUGGGGAGCAACAACGCCUUGCUUUUGCGCGGCUCUUGCUUUCAAAACCACGUUUGGUUCUGUUGGAUGAAUCCACAAGUGCUUUAGAUGAAGCCAAUGAGGCCCAUCUAUAUCAGAAGAUUGAAGCGGCAGGGAUUACUUAUAUAAGCAUUGGCCAUCGAAGAACCCUUUAUCAGUACCAUAAAAAGAGUGUACAUAUCACAACCAUGGAUCCUCUCAAUAACCAGCGCAAUUGGUACAUAGAGUCCAUCAACCAAGACAGCCCAUACAAUUUAUCAAGGUAGCAAAGUGUACGUAUGAAGCGGCAAACUUUGCUGACUCUCUUUCUCGGGUGGGUGUUGUCGAUCACAGGAGGAAAAAUUAAGCAGUAGUCCAGGAAUUGGGCUUUUUCUCUAAUACUGGGAUGAGUUCUCUAAUGCGGAAAAUUGUGGUUCAUCCCUGCAAGAAUAGCAUACAUAGCAAGUCCAAAUAGUAACAAACAUCAAUAGGAUGGAGGAAGAUGAUUGUUGUGACGAAGUGUGAUCAUGGCCUCGAACUAUUUCCUUGUACAAGAAUGUGCAAAUGUUAAUCACUCCGCUUGAUUCCCAUUUUUUAGAGUAA